UCGAGUGCCAUUUUAUCCACUACACAACACUGCCAGAAGCUUCUCAAAUUUUCGUUUGAACCGCAACAAUGCGUAGAAAUAAGAAAAACAAGAAAAAUGUGGAAACCAAAGCCAACGGCGCCAUCAAGAAGGCUCCGCAACCUGGCUUGGGGGAUUUCCAUCACCAUGUGGAUAACAAUGAUAAAGUGCAUGCAGAACUACAGCUGAAAAGCCCAUGCCAAGCAUUAGAGCGGGAACUUGGCGUAAUGGGCGAGAGCAGGACAGCAAGCAGUUCAAGGGGAUGCGGCGCCAACGACAAAGAGCAGAAAAUCUCCAGCGGGAUGCCAAGGGCUACCCAAGUGCGACCAAAACCCUUGGGACAGUUAUCGACACCUGAAAUUAAUGGCCGCAACAUCUCUAACAAAGUACCCGAGUCGGUUGAAGCCGGUUCGGUACGGAAAAUGUACGGAAACCGGAACAGAAAGAAACCAAAAGACCCAUGUGAUGUUUCCCUGCGAGCAACGCCUGAAAUGAAUUGUCACGACGUCCCAUACGUCCACAAUAUCUAUAGCGAAAUAUCCGAGCUGUACCCGAAACCUUCGGGACAGAGUGUCCGCUUCGUACCCCAAAGACGCGGCGGCGGGUCCACUGGCGAAACGAGACGCGAAGAAGAGGACAACUUUAACGGAAUAGACCAAAAGCCACUAAAUACCUGGGAAAAAGCACUAGCUGCAAUGUAUGGGCAUGGAAACUCCGACAACCACAUCUACCGCGGAGUAUCCGAGCUGUUUCCGGAACCUUCGACCCAGAGCCAGAGUAGCCCAUUCGUACCCCUGAGAGUGGCCAACAACUACAAACAGAUCAGCCGCGUGGAAGGGGAACCCUCCAAGGCUCGGAUACCCUGUGUACAGGCACGCAAAGAGCCGCAAAUCAAAAUUAUGAAGAGGCCGGAGCCAGACAAAGUUGCGUUCACAAUUAAUAAUGAGCCUAUCCGGGGACUGCCUCGCGGUAAGGUCAGAGUGCAAUCCUGCCACCCGAAACCACCGCCAGCGCGUUGCGUGCCGAAGGAACUGGAACAGGUGGAUCGCAUGACAUCGGCAGAUUUCCGGCACGACUACAACGCCCACAUGCUGAACAUGCGCACGCAGCUCAAAAACCAGGACCACAUGCACUACUUUGCGAUGGUCAUUAGAGAGAAUGCGCAUCUGUUCAAGGGGCGCGUCAUCCUCGUCCUGUCCUGCGGCGUGGGCACCUUGGCCCUGAUGGCCGCCCGAAUUGGGGGGGCGAAGCGUGUGUACGCCGUGGACCACUCGAUGGUGACUAACUACGCGGAGCUGGUGGUGAAGCAGAAUCACUUCGAGCACACCGUGAAGGUGCUGCACGGGCGCAUGGCCGAUCUGAAGCUGCCCGAGAAAGUGGACGGAAUUGUGUGCAACUGGAUGGGGCACUCGCUGCUGUGGAACUCUGAGAUCCUGGAGGUCCUCGAGGCACGGGAUCGCUGGCUGAAGAAGAAUGGCUUCAUACUGCCCGAUCUGGGGGCUCUCUAUCUGGUGGGAGCCGCGGAGCCAGAGCUGAAGGGCCUUUGCGACUGGUGGCGGAGCGUCCACUACUUCAAAAUGAACGCCAUGCGUCGGUGUGCCAUCUCCGAGCCUCGUUACGCGAAGACCCACGCCGACUGUGUCCUCACCCUUGCCCAUCGCGUGCUGGCGCUCAAUCUGAAGAGGGCCACCCCGGAGGAUCUGCAGAUAGAUCGCGAUAUACGGCUGAAGGUCACCAAGGAUGGGCACCUGGAGUGCUUCACUCUGUACUUCGAUGUGGCGUUCAGCCAAUGCCAUCGCCAGCGCACCCUCAGCUGCAAUCCCUGUCUCGCCAGCGGUUACAAUUCGCUCUGGCUGCAGACGGUUCUCUUCGUCGAGAGGUCCUUUGUGCUCCGUGAGAACCUGCACUACGCAGGUCGCUUUAUCUUCCGCCCCUUGGAGAGAUUCGACACAAAUCAGUUCGAGAUUGUCAUCAAGCUCUCUGAGAGCAGGCGCUUCGAGGGAGAAAUGCCGGGGUUCUUUGGCAAUCGUUUGGUCAGCAAGCGCUGGCUGAUGAUGGACCGCCACCAGACGGUGGCCGAGGUGGACAGCUGUCAGGACGAGGAUAAUUAAGUGUAUCAAUUUAGAUGUAGAGUGCGCGCAAAUGCGCUCCAGGCACGUGAGCUCUUGGCUGCUCAACACCAGCAGCAACCAUCAUUCCAUCUCCAUCAUCACAAUAAUAAGCAAAAACAUUACCACUAUCAGCAUCAGCAGCAACGCAUGACAACUCGAAAGACGCAAAGCUCCAGCUUUGCACUUGCACCGGCACCGGCACCGGUUGUACAGCACUCAAUAACAAGAAUAAGAAUAGUAUUAGUAGUAAUGUAUGGCAACACGGGGAGCAGGAGCUCUUCCUCAUUGCCUUCGAGUGGCUCCUCGCUGCAGAGCCACAGCAACGACCACCAUCAACCGCGGACAGUAUCGUCAUCUGCAGAUCAGGAGUAGCUACCAGCAAUCGGAGAUGACCAGAUCCAAACACCAAACACCCGCCGGCCAAUAAGACUGAGGAAUGUGCCCGAGCAAAUCUCGGCGGUCUGUGAUUCAAGGCCUCCGCCACGGGUGGCAUCAGCAGCGACUCGUCAACGUACACAGCCUCCGCGUUAUCCACCUCUAAGCCUAAGCCAAACGCCAUAACCAAGCUCCUCUCACGCAUCAGAUCUGGAAAGUCUCCGCCGGCUUAUUUUUAAAAUACCGUAUAUAUACGUACUGUUCGUAAGUACAUUGUGCUCGUGUCGUAAAUCGUGAUCAGCGAUAAGCGCUAAUCCUAAUCUUUAAUCAGUCAUGCGAAAAAGUUUUGUUUAUAAAUUUGAAUAAAUCUAUUAAAAAGAUUCCCGACACGGU